GCCAACUUUAGAUGGACAUCACACCAAAAUGCAAGUACUGGGACAAUUGCUACCAGAAGAAUCCCCAGCACUUGGCCAAAUUUCGGCACCCCCAAAAUCACGACCCACACGGCCACUCCAACGCUGAUCCCUCCGUAGGUCAAACGGUACUCUCAACCACGACAGCCAUUUCUCCCGAACGCACCAAAACCCCGAACUUCUUGGUCGAAUCAGAAACAGAAGAGGAAAGCGACCAAGAUGAGCUUUCUAUUGCCAAAGACGACGCGCCUCUGGUCGUUCUUGAUGGCGAUACUGCCCCUGAGGAUCUUAUCGAGGAAUUGCCUGCAGAGGACGGGCUGGCGUGCAUAGAUGGCAUUCGCCCAUUGAAAAUCCUUCAAGAUGGUGAAACCACGGAGGUGUCAAGCAAAACGAGCUCGGCAACUUAUACCAUAAAACGGACUGCGGACCAUUAUUACUGCACUUGUCCGGCUUGGAGAAAUCAGGGGGCCGUGCCUCUUAACGCCAGGACAUGUAAACACUUGAAAGAACUCUUGGGCGAGGAGUACGAAUUGGCAAGAUAUAGUGCAAAUGGAGGUCCAAGUACUGGUACCUCAGCCGGAAAGCGUAAACGUGCUGGUGACGGUGGAGUGGGACCACCCGGAAAAAAGACCAAGGCGGUUCCGCCUAAAUUACUGCUCGCUAAUCCUUGGAAUAUUGCUACCGGGCCUGAUCCAACUGGAUGGUGGUUGUCGGAAAAACUGGAUGGCGUUCGAGCUCUCUGGGAUCCUCAGCAGAAGACGUUUGUCUCCCGAUUAGGCAAUCCGUUUACAGCGCCGGAUUGGUUCACAAAAGACCUGCCAAACGAUAUGUCUUUGGACGGCGAGCUCUUUUGCGGUCGCGGUCAGUUUACCCAAACCAUUUCAGUAGUGAAAACUAUAAAUUCGAAACAAUGGUCGCGUGUUCUCUUUCACGUCUUUGAUACUCCCAGCCUCCAUCAAAAGCCGUUUGAAGAACGAAUAGACGCCAUCAAAACGUACGUUAAUUCAAAACAUAACGCCCUAGAGAAGAUUGUGCGCAUUGUAGAACAAGUGAAAUGCGAUAAUCGAGCACAUUUGAUGGACAUGCUCAAAAAGGUGGAAGCACAAGGUGGAGAAGGACUGAUGAUGAGGAAAGCAGGCAGUCUCUAUGAAGGAAAACGGUCGGCUACAUUGUUGAAGGUAAAGACGUUUUUUGAUGCCGAGGCUAAAGUCCUCGGUUAUGAACCUGGGAAAGGAAAACACAAAGGGAGUACCGGGGCUUUGAAGUGCAUCAUGGAAUCAGGCAAGCUCUUCAAGAUCGGCACAGGUUUGUCCGAUCAGGAACGACGCAAUCCACCUCCUGUCGGUGCAAUUGUUACUUAUCGGUUCCAAGAGUUGACGCCAGACGGCGUCCCAAGGUUUCCCAGUUAUGUUGGAGUGAGAGUCGAUGUGGACUGUCCAAAAGACCACGUUCCAUAAUCUCAAUACCUAAUACAAUAAGUAGUCAGGACUACCGGCAGCGUAUUUAGGAAAUCAGUUAUUCACAAUAAUUAUGUUAAAAUACUGCGAUUCUUGUCUGCAGACCCUGA